GAUGACGAACGCACGUUCAACCGCGUGCUCAAGGUGGACAAGGCCUACCACUCCAGACACAUGCUUCCCUGCGCCGAGCCGUACGUCGCGUCACUCCACCGCGCUGGGGUGAGGGCCCUAGAACCGACGACCUCGGGCUGCACCUGGUUCUCCAGCGUGUACGGAGGCCGUCCAGUCUCAACGGAAUUCCACCUGAGUGACGCGUACUGGGCGGAGAACAUGGUCCAGCCGGUGCUGUUUGCAGAGGCACUCACUGCAGCCGUCACCACGGGUCUGCCCCUGGACGUGGCCGUCGAACUUGGACCGCACCCAGCACUCCAAGGUCCCGCGACGCAGACCGUCGCGGAAGCGAUGCAGAGGCCUCUUCCCUACCACGGCACGCUGGAGCGUAAGAAGAGCGCCAUGGAGGCGGUCUCUGCCUCUCUGGGCUUCCUGUGGUUGUACCUGAACACGUCGGACAUCAACCUCCAGCAGUGCCAGGUGGCCCUGGCAGGCCAGAAGCAGAAGCAGAAUCAUCCUGCCAUCAGCCAGGGGCUCCCUACCUACCAGUGGGACCACAGGGCAUGGCACUGGCACGAGUCCAGGAGGUCGAGGAGGAUGCGUCUUCGUCAAGACCCGUUCCAUCCGCUGCUCGGCCACGCCUCGCCGGACAAUGCGCCUCACCACCUGCGCUGGACCAACGUGCUCAAGCCCACGGAGCUGCCGUGGCUCACGGGGCACCAGGUCCAGCAGCAGAUUGUGUUUCCUGCCGCCGGCUACCUGUCGACGGCGUUUGAGUCGGCCAAGGCCCUGGGCGAGGGCAAAGGGACCAUCCGACUCAUCGAGGUCGACAACUUCCACAUCCACCAGGCGGUCGCGUUCGAGUCGGAAGACGCCAGCAUCAAGGUCUCGAUUGAGCUGAGCCAGGUGGCCCAGCCUAGUCCCGGCACGGUGACGGCGCUUUUCUCAUACUCAGCAGCGCUCGGAUCCCAGGCAACCGACCUGGCGCUGGCCGCCCGUGGGGAGCUCAAGGUAUACCUGGGCGAGGCAUCCCCGUCUCUGCUGCCGGAGCGUGUCAAGACGCCUCCUUACCUUCUGCCCUGCGCAAAGAGCCGCUUGUAUCGCUUCAUGGUGAGCCUCGAGUAUGACUUCGCUGGUGGCUUUCGCUCGCUCGACCGUAUCGAGAGGAACCUGGGCAGAGCAACGUGCCAGGCCAAGAGGGCCAUGACCGACGACAGCAGCUCCGUCAUGAUCCAUCCCGUCGAUCUCGACGCCGCGUUCCAGUCAGUGAUGCUGGCCCGCAGCUACUCCGGCGACGACGAGAUUCGCACUCUGCACCUCCCCGCCAGCGUGUCCAAGGACCAUCGCACGAACACCGUUUCUGGCUUCUCGGGCUCCGUCACGGUGUACAGGGCCGGCUGCUGCCACGCGGCUGUGCAGCUUGACCACGCUAGCUUCAAGCCCGUGGGCUCGGGCGGCGGGGACGCGCCUCGCAAUGUUUUCCACAAGAUGCCCCUGGUGCCUCGUGCCCCGGAUGGCGUCAUCGCCGCCCAAGGCAUCUGCGUGACCGAGGACGACGUGCUGAUCCUGAGGACCCUGAGUCGACUCGGAACGUACUACUUGCGCACGUUUGAUGAGCAGGUGCCCUCCUCGGCUCCGAUCCGGUUGGAGGGACCCUUGCGCUUCUACUUGGCUUAUGCACACCACAUGACACAGCUGGUCAGAGACGGCAAGCAUCAGUACGCCGAGAGGGCGUGGCUGCAGGACAGCCUGGAGGACGUCCAGGCGGAGAUUCGAGAGCGAGGGUGA